AUGCGCGUGCUGGCCUUCCUGUCAUUCUUGGUGACCGUGAGGGGGAACGAGGUGGAUUCCGCCCUGCAGAGCGAUGACCAGUGUGUCUCCGCUGAAUGCAGCUUCAACGCCUUGCAGCUUCGAGGUUUGAAGGAGGAGAUGGAGCUUGAGAAGGAGAUGGACGAAGCAGAGAGUGAGAGUGGCUGGUUGAAGGACAUCAGCACCAAAACCAAGAACCACUUCAAGCACAUCCUUGCGCCUCUCCAGAAGCCGAUUGUGACCAACUAUCAGUAUUUGACCGUUCUUGAUUCUUAUGUGAACUACACCAUGCAGAAGGUCGAGAAUGCCACAGGUCACUUGGUGGUUUGGAAUCGCAAGUCCUUGUUGCAAACCGACGACGACGAAGAAGAGGAGGUUGAAGAGGAGGCAGGUGCCGCUACUUGGAGCCGCCGCCGUCAUGUCAGCAACUCCGAAGACUUGCCUCCACGUGCACGCGACUUG